UGGAUCAAGUCAGGGAAGUAUUGUCGGAUGUCUACGUCGGGGAAGUGGUUUUCGGGAAAAUAUUGUCGGGCAAAUGAUGUCGAACCUAAAUUGUUAUUAUGCAAAUCAAAGAAACUUACUGAAUGUUAGACGUGGCCAAAGAACUAAUGAUGGAUUUAAAUAUUGUAAAUGUAAAUAUAUCUUGAAUAAGACUAUAAAGUAUAAAGCUAAUAUACCAAUAAUAGACGAAAAUGAAGCAUUAUUUGAGGACUUAUAUAGAUAA